GCGAGUUUUGCCUUCAAGUGGACUCGUCGGCGGAGUGGGUGGCGUCUAAGCCUUUUUUAUCGAACCCUUGCGGCAGCAACACUGUUAGGCAACAUGAUGACGCUAGGGUUUUAUCUACUUAUCACCAGUCGUGACUUCUUUAAGAACUAUAGGUGCGGCGAAAAAGCCAUUUACUUUAUCACCAUUAACUUUUUAACAUCGAUGGCGGUUACGGGAGCUGCUGGGAUCGCCGGCGUUCUAAUGUCCCGCGUCUUGUUGCUGUUCGACAAUUUCCCGAUUUCGGAGUUCAUGGGUCUAGGAAAAUGGACCAGCCGGCUUGGCUGCAUCGUGAAGUGGCUUCCCAUGCUCAUUACUUUUUGUUUCUUCGGAUGGUUCGUACUCAACUUGGUCAGCACCACCUGGAUUUUCUUAUUACCUGAGGGUUGGUGCAGCAGAAGAUGGAACUAUGCUGGCAUCGCUGCUGUGACAAACUGUCGCAUCUGGUAUAGAGGAGAUGCCAAGUGCAUUGAUGCUCAGGAAAAGGAGCUCAUAGACUCCGACAUGGUUAGUGUCUGCAAUGACGGAGAGGAGCUGUCAAACCUGAGUUUCUUUUGGUUUACGCCUAAAAGUGAGGACUUGUCAUGUUCUAUAGGCGAGGUUUCUAUUUGCAAGGCCUACAAAAUCUUAUUUUCGUCCUUCGCGAAAUCAAAUUCUGCAGUAGUUGACUGGUCAAGCCCUGAACUCUCGGGCUGUUCGGGUGCCGAGGCUGCCAAUGAGCCCCCGGAAACGUUUAUGACACCCGGAGAUACAAGUGAUCUUUACCGUUACCUCCUCAUGUAUUGUGUUGGGUGGAACAUCACAUUACUUACCCUCACCCUCCUCUUCUUCUAUAUCAAGUUCAGCAGCAAAAUGGACUCUAUCUUUCAUCUUCCGAGCAAGCCAAAAGAAAACAUUUUUCUCAAGCUGUUCAGACCUUUCUCGCCUUUUGACAGAUAA